CUUUUUAUGAAAUUCGGAACGGUAAGGAGAUGUCAUUAGUAAUUGUCUCAGUUUUGCAUAAGGUAUGAUUUGUAAUGAAAGGCUGUAGCCAACCAUCCCCCUUUUCAAGAAAUGUAGAAACGUUUGUUGCAAGAUAAGUCAAGUGACAGGUUUUGUUCAUGGAUCCUGCUUUCAGUUUUCAAAUUGACGUCUAAUACGGCUGUAAGAGAGUCAAGAAAGUAGAAUUGUGUUUAGGAAGGACUAGUUUCUACAGCCCGCCUUUGUAGUUAUGGAAACGCUCAAUGGAGGUCCAUUAACUGUUGAAUGAUGUGUCAAAGGCAUAACCAAAGGUUCCAAAUCUUUUACAUAGACGACUUGAAUCGAAGGUUUAAUUUUGCAGCUUAGUUUCAUCGACGAACAAUACACCCUAUAGGCGAAGGCUUUCAACAAUAGAGUGAGAAUUCUAUUAAAGAAAAAGGAUGUACCCUGUUGCCCAUAAUGGAGAGAAGAAAACGGAAAAAAAAGACGAAAAAAGUAAAAGGGACCGAUCACACCAACGAAGUUCUGGAAUCACCUCUGCGGUUCAUGUCUGUCUUCGAAUGCCCAAGGAGCAAGCUCGAUAUUAGAGAGUACCCUGAACAAAAGGUAGAUACAAAGUAAAAAGCAUAUAUAAAGAAAAGGUUUAGAGCAAGAGAAUUUCAACGGAAUAACAAAAUUCAGCGAAAGCAAACAAACUAGAUGGACUAAGAGAAAGAACUUUAAACGCCAAACC